GAAGUUUGGUAGAAUAAGAAUGCUACCACCUUUCUUAUUUGCUUUGCUUGAUUUUCAAUUCAAAAAUCAAACCCAGAAGAUCCGCUAGAUUCUGGAUGAAAUCUGUCGGAUCUUGCUUUCCAAACUGUCAGAUUUUCAAAGGGGAUUUUGUUAUCUUCCUGAUCAUGAUGUAUUCCAUUUUAAAAAUAAUGUCCCUUUCUUAUUCUUAUUUGUUAUAUUUAUUAUUAUUGUUCACCACCUUUUUUGUGUUCCUCUCUUCAUUCUUUUCUCUCAUUCUUUUCUUCUUCUUCUUCUUUGGUUCUUGCAAUUAGAGAAAUUCUCAUUCAAAUUCAAAUUAUGGGUUUGUCUGCAGAAUCACAGUUUCAUGUUUUGGCUGUUGAUGAUAGUCUCAUUGACAGAAUGUUGAUUGAAAGACUUCUCAAAACUUCAUCAUUUCAUGUUACUGCAGUGGACUCAGGAAGUAAGGCUUUAAAAUUUCUUGGAUUGGUUGAAGAAGAGCAGAGAAAUGAAGAGCCUUCCUUUGUUGCUCAAAAAACUCAUAAUCAGGAUGUAGAUGUGAACCUGAUCAUAACAGAUUAUUGUAUGCCAGAAAUGACAGGCUAUGAUCUUCUUAGAAAGAUCAAGGAAUCAAAAUCUCUUAAAGAUAUACCAGUUGUGAUUAUGUCCUCAGAGAAUGUUCCAUCAAGGAUCAAUAGAUGCUUAGAAGAAGGAGCUGAAGAAUUCUUUCUGAAACCAGUUCAACAAUCUGAUGUAAAUAAGCUGAGGCCCCAUUUAUUGAAAUCAAAGGUUAAGGAAGUGGGAGAGGAAGACCAACUCAUCAACCUCAAUAGAAAGGACAUAAAUGAAAUUUUAGCCUAAGUUAGUCACUAGAAUCAUACCAACAAAUAUGAAAGAAAUAUAGGAGGAGGUCCUUUUGAUGUACAUUGACAUGAGAAAAAUGAUUUUCAUUCAAUUUUGUCUGACAAAGUAAUUCUUUUGGCUAAUAUUUCUUUUAAUUUUUCUCUUAUAUUUCAUAGUCAGUGAGAUUUGUACCUUCUUUUU